AUGGAGAAAGUUCUAUUUUGUUUCAUAUUCUUAUUUUUCAUCUCCACCCAAAAAAUAAACUCUCUUCUUAUAUUUAGAAAAUUUAACAUCAAAAUUUCAAAUCAUCUUGCAAGUAACAAUAAACUUAUGUUCAAUUGUGGAUCUGGCGAAGGUUUUAAAGCCUUAUUUAUUUUUCUUCCCUCCAAUCAGGAAUGGAAUAAACGAAUCACCGUAUUUCCAAAAACUUUGAUAUGGUGCGACUUAUGGAAGGGACCUAUUUAUAUGGAGCAUGCAAUGUUUAACGUAUUUCUCGGGAAACAAAGUUUUAUACAUAACGUAUGUGGGGGUAGAAAACCGAAUGAAUGUUUCUGGCAAGCGCAAGAAGAUGGAAUAUAUGUACGAAAUAAUUCAGCGGGAACUUUUAAGUUUAUGUAUAAAUGGGAUACAAAGGAUUUGACAUAA